AUGGCGACGCUGGGACCGGAGUCCCGACCCCACACCCAGCUCGCUUCUCCUGCGAUUCAAGCUAACCUUGGCGGUUUGGGCUCCAACACAAACGUACCUCUUAACCGAGGCUUGGAAAGGGCUUUGGAAGAAGCAGCUAACUCUGGAUUUCUGAACCUCAGCGCAAGAAAACUGAAGGAAUUCCCCAGGACAGCGUCCAACUAUGACCUGACAGAUACCGUUGAAGCAGAUCUGUCCAAGAACCGUUUGACGGACGUCCCCUCUGAAAUUAGCCACUUUGUUUCCCUGGAAACACUGAACCUGUAUCACAACUGUAUCAGAAGCAUCCCGGAUACCAUCAUCAGCUUGCAGUCGCUAACCUGCUUAAAUAUCAGUCGGAACCAGCUUGCGGUGCUUCCAGCGUGUGUGUGUAGUCUUCCACUGCGAGUGCUCAAUGCCAGCAACAACAAACUCAACACACUCCCUGACCAAGUCGCCCACCUCACCAGUCUCAUGGAGCUGGACGUGAGUUGUAAUGAGAUCACGGCUCUCCCUCGUCACAUCGGGCGACUCAAAGCCUUGCGAGAGCUUAACGUGCGCCGGAACCUUCUGUGUGUGCUGCCUGAGGACUUGGCAGAUCUUCCUCUUGUAAAGUUUGAUUUCUCCUGUAAUAAAGUCUCUACUAUUCCUGUGUGUUAUCGCAAAAUGACGCAGCUCCAGUCUCUGCAACUGGACAAUAACCCACUACAGAGCCCUCCUGCACAGAUUUGUAUAAAGGGAAAAGUUCACAUAUUUAAGUACCUGUCCAUAGAGGCGUGUCGCAGUGACAAAAUGGCCGACUCGCUCUACCUGCCCGUCAUGGACCGCCUCAACCUAUCACGGCCCACCACCGGCAGUUCAGAGGAUAUUGACCAGAAUAAGAAACACGACAGUGACUCUGGAGUGGGAAGUGACAACGGGGAUAAACGCCUCUCGGCCACAGAGCCGUCUGAUGAAGACAGUCUGAGUUUGAAUGUGCCGAUGUCCCACAUCACAGAAGAGGAGGGACUGAGUAAAGACGACUCUACUGAACACAUCAGCGCUUUGACUGCAGACAGAAGUCCGUCAGAUUUGCUGAAGGAGGAGCUUUCCUACCGGGACUCCACCCUCAGUUCACAGUUCGUCACUUACAUCAAGGGUCGGUCGGCAGAGUUUGACGAGCCUCUAAGAAUAGAGGAAGACGGCAACUGGGCCUCAGAGCAAAAGUCAAAGGUCGACAUGAUAAACCAAUUAAAAGAGGCCGUGGAGCUGUUGCAGGACCCCAACAGGGUGAAUGUGAACUCGGCUGAUCUGUCAGGCAUUAAACUCUACCCAGUGGAAUUAGUCACGGUAGACGACUCACUCAACGGCCAGGAUAGUGAUGAAGGACAGACUACACCCAAGGUAAAGUGCUUCCUGUACACUCUAGAAUUCCAGAAGAAGAGACAGUUCAUCCUUGAAAGAGCCAGACUUGAGGCUCAGCUUGCGUGCCAGCAGUAUGCCAGACACCUAGCACAACAGAGUGAAGACAAAACUCCAGUCUCAUCUCCCUCUGUCGGCUCCCCUCCGUUCGGCCUGAAACCCAGAUCAGCCUCGUCCUCUUCACCCUGCUCGCCCCAGCCUUGUCUCCACCCCCUCACACAGGCCCCGCCCACCGAUAGAGACACGCCCCCUAGCCCAGAUGAAGGAGACACAAAGAGCAGUGUGUUUCUGAGGAGCCAUAAGAAUGUGGACUCUGUAGAUCCUCAGUUCACUAUGAGGAGGAAGAUGGAACAGCUCAGAGAAGAGCUUGAACUCAUGGAACAGCUGAGAGAGAGUAUUGAGAGCAGACUGAAGGUGACGCUUCCUGAAGAUCUUGGCUCCUCCCUUAUGGAUGGGGUGGUGCUCUGUCAUCUAGCCAAUCACAUUCGUCCUCGAUCAGUGGCCAGUAUUCACGUUCCCUCCCCUGCCGUGCCCAAACUGAGCAUGGCCAAGUGUCGCAGAAACGUAGAGAACUUCCUUGACGCCUGCAGGAAGAUGGGCGUGCCUGAGUCCUCUCUCUGUUCACCAUAUGAUAUUCUGCAGUGUAACCUGCGGCCUAUACGUAAAGCAGUCAAAGCCCUGGUGGCGCUGGAGAGACCAGCAGUGAGUGAGAGAGAUGAAGAGUUGAAGAAAGAGAGGGAGAAAAGUGGAGAGAUAGAUAAGGAGAGUGAGAGACAGAUAGAGAGCAAGGGCCCCGUCACUGACUCCUCCCACACUCCGUCUCCUGCUUGGCAUAUCUGGGACCUGAUUGGUUCAAGCCUCUUACACAUUUUUUGUUUAGUGGUGCUGUUUAUUGCGUACAGCUGGAGUGAGCUAACAUAG